UUGUCAGUUAACAUUAGCCACAUGUCUAGCUUGUAGUGUUAAAACACAACGUUAUUAAUAUUUAAACAUCACUUAGAGUGAAUUUGUACUAGUAUUUGAAACACUAAGGGAUUUAUCUUUUCCCACGACACGUUCAGCGUAACCCAAGCUGCGUUCACAAGUACCGCUGUGUUCUUGAUUGUUUUUAAAAUUCCUAAUCACAGCUACCAUAGCACGAGCAUGUUUGUACUGCACUGUCGACGGUUUCUAAAGCUAGUCUCGCCUCCACCUGCACGCUUCUCACCUGCUUUGUAUUUUGCUAAAUACACUAAAAUAACGCAGAAGAAGCUGAGGUCCUCGGUGGUGGAGCCAGAGGCUUCCAGCCUCCCUCUUGCUCCUCUGUCCCCGGAGCAGCUUGACAGGAUAGCCCGCAACAAGAGAGCAGCGCUGGAGAAACUCCACUCUUCCGCUCAAACACCUCCAGGGUUUGGGAGAAGCUGGCGAGAGGGACUGUCGGGAGAAUUUGGAAAGCCCUACUUUAAAAAAGUGAGAGAACAAGUCAUCACACUGCACACGUUUUAUGUUGUUUUGAACAGUUUGAAUAACUUCAUAUCUCUACCACAGUUGAUGGAUUUUGUUUCUGAAGAGAGGAAACGCCACAUUGUGUACCCACCUGCUGAACAUGUUUUCACCUGGACUCAGAUGUGUGACAUCCAAGAUGUGAAAGUGGUGAUUCUUGGCCAGGAUCCUUAUCAUGGUCCUAACCAAGCCCAUGGAUUGUGCUUUAGUGUCAAAAGACCAGUGCCUCCUCCACCCAGUUUGGGGAACAUGUACAAAGAGCUGGUGACGGACAUUGAAGGCUUUCAGCACCCCGGACACGGAGAUCUGACUGGAUGGUCCAAACAAGGUGUGUUGUUGCUCAACGCUGUGUUGACCGUCCGAGCGCACCAGGCCAACUCCCACAAAGACCAAGGCUGGGAGACCUUCACUGACGCUGUGGUGCACUGGCUCAGCAACAACCUGGAAGGCCUCGUCUUCAUGCUGUGGGGAUCAUAUGCUCAGAAGAAGGGAGCCGCUAUAAACAGGAAACGCCACCACGUCCUGCAGGCUGUGCAUCCUUCUCCCUUGUCUGCUCAUAGAGGAUUUUUUGGGUGCAGGCAUUUCUCAAAGGCCAACGAGCUGCUAAUUAAAUCUGGAAAGUCUCCCGUAAACUGGAAGGCACUUUAAGUUGUUAUUCAUGUUUUCUAACAUGUAUGUUGGUUAACUACAGACCAAAACCCACCCAUAAGCUUUACUUUCCUGUUUUAAUUCUUUAUAAAAAAAAGAGUUCAUGUUGGCAGUUUAAACUGUUGUGUUUUGUGCUAUACACUGAAUUUUCCUAAAUGCUUUUUCUCAACCAGUUGUUUCAACAUUGUAAAUAUGUUUGUGUUGUUUUUUUUUUUUAAACUUUUUUAUUGAAAUGUUGGUUCUAUUAAAGUGGUUCCAAAAAAUGGAUGUUGUAUAUUAAUGUCUCUAAAUUUGCUCAGUGUAGUCUGUGGUGGUUCUCUUGGUUUGCAGUUCAGUCUUACUUAUUUAGUUAAAACUUCGAAGGGCCUUUUAAUGAAACUUAAAGUAAUAACUUGCUGACUGCGUGAGACCCCACAGCGACCUCGGUACAGUUAAAUUGUCAGACGAGGACUCCAUGAGGACA